AUGUCGCCGCGAGUGGUCAUCGUUCUUGCGGUACUAGUCGUCGCCUUUGCCGACGACGGUCAAAAUGAUAUAAUCUAUCAACUUACUGAUGAGGAGUACUAUGAGAUGCCACAUCUCUUCCACCUAGACGAGUACGAUGGUUGCUUAGCAACAGGAGACGUCUACUGCCUCGGGAGCUUCGAGCUAACCGCCGAUAAAGACAAUAAACUCUUCCAUACUAUGCAGCGCUACUCAGCUAAUUGGGUGGAUAACUUCAACCACACGCGACUGCACCGCGGCCUGUGCUUGAAGCGAAGCUGCGCUGAGCACUCCCCGCCGCCGCUGUCCCGCCCCUCAACACAUGAAGAACUGCAAGCCUGGUUUUCAUCAUGUGUAAACGCAACAAUGCAACGAGGUUAUAAUCUCCGUGCUCAUCUAUAUCAGCUUGACUACUGCAAGACGAGUGCUGCAAGAUCAGGUGGCCCGUUGUCUGCUAGUGAAAAGGGCUUUGCAGCCGCCCUUGCAGCGGUGCUCGCGCUGGCGGUAGUCAGUACUACCCUGGAUUUUGCACUGUCUGAUGACGCGAAAAAAAGUGCAGGCUGGGCACUCUCCUGGUCGUUGCGUCAGUCAUGGCGCACGCUGACAGCGCCUCCGCCCACGCCAGCCGACUGCGACCUCCGAAUAUUUGAUGGUCUCCGGGUCUUCUGCAUGUUCUGUGUCAUCAUAGAACACGUCUGUUGGCUCUCCACGCUAUCCUAUCUCGCUGAUACCAGGUUCACAGAACAGACUCGUCGCGCAACUGAUGUAAUGCUGAUGACGAACAGUACGCUGGUGGUGCAGAUCUUCUUCAUUAUGUCCAGCUUCCUUCUCGCUCAUAAGCUGCUGCAAGAUCGGUCCCAUCUACCGCCGAUACGGACCUUCAUUCAAACAAUGUUUAAUAGGAUUAUAAGAUUAAGUCCGAGUUACUUCGCGGUGGUGUGGUUCGCGGCGAGCUGGUGGCAGCGGCUGGGACACGGGCCGCAGUGGGACCCCCUGGUGGGGGCCGAGGCCCAGAUCUGUAGGAACAAGUGGUGGACCCAUCUUCUUUACCUCAACAACGUCAUCUAUCCAGAUGAUAAGUGUCUCAUACAGACUUGGUACUUAGCGGCGGACACUCAGCUAUACGCAUUAGCGUUGGCAAUGACACUACUGCUUCGCAACCGCAGAGGAACUACAGUGGUGCUAGCCACUUUACUGCUCAUUGCUACUGGAGUUACCUUCGCCCUCGCGUACAUCUGGCAUCUCGUGCCUACGUUUAUAGUGCAUAGGCCGGAAUUAGUCCGCGCGAUAUACCAUGGGGACGCGUCAUUCAACGUGCUAUACCAGUCGCCGUUGGGCAACGCGGCGGGCGCGCUGUGCGGCCUGCUACUUGCGCACGCGCACCACGCGCUGCGACGUGCAGGACUGCAGCCGCAGAACUGUCAGGUGUUCCGCUGGGUGUCGGUGUGCGCGGCUCCGGUGGCGCUGUGGUGGGCGGCGCUGUCCCCGCUGCUGGUGCCGGCGGGCCCGCCGCCGCGCGCAGCCGCCGCAGCGCUCGCGGCACUCGAGAGGCCCGUGUUUGCACUGCUUGUGAUAGUGGCAUUACUCGGGGCUAUCAAUGGAGUCAAAUCGCCGUGGCGUACUUGGCUGUCAGGUCGCGGCUGGGCGUUCUGCGCGCGGCUGUCAUUUGGCGCGCUGCUGUUGCACAUGCCGCUCAACAAGGCGUUGCUCGCCUCUAGACUAACUCCCAUACAACUCGACAGACAAAACGCUAUAUUUGAAUGGUUUGGAGUAGCGGCCAUAUCUUACGCGGCAGCGUUUCCACUUGCUUUACUGGUGGAAAUACCAGUACAACGACUGCAUCGAGAACUGACAAAAUCACAGCACAAGGCGAAGCAGGAACGACCGCCCCAGCACGUGCAGUUAUCACAGAAACCAGAGAAGACUGAUAUUCAAUAGUACAGCCGAACACAAAAGUGUUGCAGAAAUAAUAAGCUCAAACAUUGAUGAUAGCAUCAAUAGUUCUGUAGCUAUGUGCCAUGUAGCUAGGCUACAUGUUUUUGUAAAUAGACUAAUAUUCGAUGAGAAUUGUGAGUAUGACUCACAUAUUAUAAGGUAUUUAUAUCCCAAUCCAAAAUAUGGUAAAUAGAGAAACGUUAAAGUUCAUAAAUGGCGGCCAUUACUUUUUUCCAGAUAUGUUAUUUUAAAGAGUAAAGUAAAAUU